ACAAGGUCCUUAAACAAUACCGAUAAACAAUAAUAUUUUAAUAAGUAAUUAACUUUUAAUGCUUAUAAAUUCUCUAAAACAAAGCUCCAUAUAAACCCUAUUUUAAUUAACCCUAGACUUAUAUAUAGCCGGCUUUGUUCCUCUUCCUCGUCAUCGGCAGAAGCUGCAACAUACCAUCGUAGAUCAGCCUCUACUGAUCAUCGUCGACACAAGCUUCAAACUUUUUUUUCAGAAAACGAGGGAUCUGUAUCACUACUCCAUCAGCUCCUGUUUCCUUGAUUAAUUCCUACUCCUCAGUCUCUUCUGAGAAUAAAGAUGAAAUACAUGAAGAAAGUAGCUUCACCAGUUGACAUGGAGAAGCUCCCAGGCGACGUUUUAUCAAAUAUAUUCAUCCGCUUGUUAGCGAAACAGCUUGCUCAAAUGAGACUCGUGUGUAAAACUUGGAAUGCUCUCUUGUCUGAAUCCUCCUUUAUAAAAUAUCACCUCCUUCAUUCAAUCCAUAACAACAACAAGAAGGAUGAGAUUCUCUUGUUCUUUCAAAAGGCAGUUUUUCCUGACUUUUAUUCUGGUCGUCUGGGUCCAUUAACGGCACGCUCCACUCGUUCUCCCCGUCUCGAACUCACUGAUUUAACCAAACUUGAAUUCCCAAUUAAUCCCCAACAUGAAGAUCCUUUGAUUGAUGUCAUUGGGUGUGUGAAUGGCUUAAUAUGCUUUUCUUACGCAACAGAGCGUGAUUAUAAUUAUUUCAUUCGCAUAUGGAAUCCUUCUCUCUCGGUGUCGUUAACUCUCCCCCCAUCUCCUUUUUCCUACAAUUCAUGUUACCAUCUGGGGUUCGGUUUUGAUCCCAAAACCGAUGAUUACAAAGUUGUCAAUCUUGCAGGCUUUCACCAAAAACCAACACAACAACAAUGUGAGGUUUAUAGCAUGAAAAAGGGUUCAUGGGAGUUAAUAUCUCAAAAAGUUCCUUCCCACAUCAAAGGUUUCAUCCACCAGAACGAGGUUUGUUUAAAUGGCCAUAUUCAUUGGCUUUGUGUUACUGAUUUGGAGCUUUGGCCACGACCGCAGACCAUAUUGACAUUUGAUUUGAGUGCAAUGACAUACGGUGAGAUACCUCUUCCAGAGUCUAUGCUGCCACUACAUGACCAUCGAUACCGCUUUAAUGUGUUGGGAGUUUUGUCCGAAAAGCUUUGUUUGAUGUCGCGCAUUAGUUAUGGUCAAUGUGAUGUGUGGGUGAUGGAUGAUGACGAUGACUCAUGGGUGAAACAUCAUGUCUUUUCCCAGUUUAGUGAUCGUAUAACUCCAUAUGGAUUCACAUCACACGAGGAGUUCUUUUUUCAAGUUGACGAAGGUUGUCGUUUUGCUUUGUAUGAUCCAAAUGCAGCCAAGAUUAAAAUCUUCAAGAUUGAGAUGAGAGACCCACUUGAUAGCUUAAUAAUUUUCAAAUAUGUGGAUAGUCUUGUUUGGAUAGCAAGAUGCUCAGUUUCUUAGUUAUGUUUAAUUAAUUAGGCCAAGUUUCCAUUUUCAGUUUCUCUAUAUUGACAUUGUGGUGUGAUAUGUUUUUCUGUUGCUGCUAUAUAUACAUGUAUGUAGAAAAGUUUUAACA